CAUUUCUGCCUUGUUUUUAGUGUUAUUCACCUCGAUAAUUAGCAAAAAAUCGCACAAAAAGUGCUCUGAAAAUCCAGAAACGAUAAAAUUACUCAAAUUUAAUCAAUUUCCGACCAUUUACGAGCAAAAGCUGUUCAAGACAUGACCGAUCCACGAUUGAAACAGAUAAAAAUCAAAGCAGGUGUAGUCAAGAGAUGCACAAAAGACGUGACGAGCUAUGAAAAGGAAGCCAAUGUCCAACAAGGAAAGGUAGAAAAACUCAAAAGUGAGGGAAAAGACGAGCACGACAUCCGAAAACAGGAGGAAGUGUUGCAAGAAUGCUUGAUGAUGAUUCCAGACUCGAAAAGAAGAUUACGAAAGUGUUAUGAAGAAUUGACGAAUAUUUUGGAAGGCGAGAAGGAAUUAGAAGAAGCUGAAGAGUACAAAUUAGCUGUAACAAUCGCUGAAGAAGCAAAAGCUCAGUUAGAACAAGAGUAACUGCGAC